AUGACUCGUUACGGCUUAACUACCAUUUUGAUCUUAGGUGGCAUGGGGAAUAUUUUUAAUAUUCUUAUAUUUAGUCGGAAACAGUCAAGAUCUACUUCAUGUUCACUAUAUCUGUCAGCUGCUUCAGUUCUCAAUUUAUUAUCAUUGAGUAUUGGCAUUAUAUCAAGUGAUUAUGCGGUUGAUCACAUAAACCCAGAAACAUAUUGGUUGAUCUAUUGUAAGUUAAGACUAUAUUUUCUUCACGCUUCUCUAAUGAUGGGACGUUGUUAUCUGAUGCUGGCUUGUAUUGAUCGUUGCACCCUCUGUUCACCGUUGACUAAAAUUCGUAAGUUUAGUCAAGUUAAAAUAGCUCGUCGUUUGGCACCAGCAGUCGUCAUUAUUUGCUUUGUUAUAUCAAUGCAUAUUCCUGUAUUUAACACGAUUCAACAACAACGAUGCGUGAUGCCUGCUUCUUAUGGUUUGAUUUAUAGUAUAUAUAGUUUGCUCGUAGCCGGCCUACUACCACCACUGACGAUGGGAGUCGCCGGUAUUUUAACAUAUAAAAAUCUGCGUCAUAUUCGACAGCGAAUUCAACCUGUAGGCAUGGUUGACUCUAGCCGACUUCGAAUCAGACGUCGCGAUUAUCAAAUCAUGAUCAUGUUAAUGGUCCAAGUGAUUGUCUAUAUUAUAUCAACCACGGCCUAUCCUGUUAAUUUAUUUUAUACAACAUUAACAGCAAAUAUUGUUAAAAAUGCAGAUCGCCAAGCAAUAGAAAAAUUUCUUGGUUUUAUGGCGGCAGGUUUUCUGAUCUAUCUUAAUGCAGCUUCACCCUUUUAUAUCUAUUAUUUUACAUCAGCAACAUUCCGACAAGACAUGAAGCGUCUUUUAACUAAUUGCGGUUUAAUUUUCAAUAUUACCAUUUCGCAAACGGGAACAAAUCGUCUCGAUGCAACAGAAAACAACACAUUAUGA